AUCUCAGUUCUGUCAGAAGAUAAGGAAUAUCUGGCUAAUCGCUUCUUCUUCUUCUUCUUCUCCUUCUUUUUCACACAGGGAUUUCACGUUUCACGGGUAAAUGGAAACCCACGCUGGGGUAGAGCUGUUGUGUGUAGAAACUGUCUGGGUAUCACGUUAUAGCCGCAGGGCUGGCUAGAGGAUGGAUUUGAACAAGUAGAGGGAAAUGGCUUCUGAAAUAGGGACUCCGAAAAGCCAGAUAUCAGUUGUAUAUAAUGACUAUGGCAAAAAGAGAAUCCUCAGGACACAAUGUGAUGAUGCGCUGAUGUUGAAAUAUUGCUCGGCGAUUGAGGGGCAGCUGGAGCAGAUAACAAGAUCAGGUGAAAAUCUUGAGGGCGCAGGGCAACAAGAAGUUGGUUCUGGGGAAGACAGGGGGGGGUUAAGAACUACAGCGAGAAUGAGAGAAAAAGAAAUGCGCCCUGCGCCAGAUACAUAUGGGAUGCAACAGCCGGCGACGUACUCUGAAACGCCCCUGGGCGGUGGUUAACCAAAUGGAAAAAAGGAUGCGACAGUGUCAUGAAUCAUGGACGGGCCUUUGCUGGGUCGACUGGAAACGCUGGCGGUUUCUGCGCAUAAAUUUCUAUUUAUUUGAGUUUGCAGGUAGUUAUUAGGUUAAAUCAGACCCUUGGUAGCGGGUAUAGAAACUUGUAGCUAUUAAUUAAAUAGUGUCAGUCU